UUUACAGAGAAAUACCCUGAGAUAAAGAAUUUGAUGGGAUAUGACCCUGUUUUUAAGUACGUGGUACUUGCAAUGAUUCUGACACAGUUCUUGAUGUUCUGGUUGCUCAAGGAUGCUUCCUGGGUAACCAUUCUUAUUAUAGCCUAUUGCUUUGGUGGUGUAAUAAAUCAUUCCUUGAUGUUGGCCAUUCAUGAAAUAUCCCACAACUUGGCAUUUGGACAUGCUAGACCACUGACUAAUCGUAUCUUUGGAAUAUUUGCCAAUCUUCCAAUUGGAAUUCCAAUGUCUGUGUCCUUCAAGAAGUAUCACUUGGAACAUCACAGAUAUCAGGGAGACGAGAUUUUAGAUACAGAUAUUCCUUCUCGCUUAGAAGCUAGGCUUUUCUGCACAACUUUUACCAAAUGCAUCUGGGUUGUUCUUCAACCAUUUUUCUAUGCCCUGAGGCCAUUCUUCAAGUACCCAAAGUCUCCUACUUUACUGGAAGUUAUUAACACCGUGUUUCAAUUAGUUUUCAAUGUGAUGUUGUACUAUAUGUGUGGGGUUCGCAUUAUUUUCUAUAUGAUUGGCGGGUCCUUGAUGGCAAUGGGGCUUCAUCCAGUUGCUGGUCAUUUCAUCUCUGAACAUUACAUGUUUAAAAAAGGUUAUGAGACCUACUCAUAUUAUGGUGUUCUGAACAAGAUCACCUUUAAUGUGGGUUACCAUAUGGAACAUCAUGAUUUUCCCAGUGUACCAGGUUCUCGUCUACCAGAGGUGAAACAGAUUGCUAAGGAGUACUAUGAAAACUUACCACAACAUAAUUCAUGGAUAAAAGUUAUUUAUGAUUUUAUCACUGAUCCGGAUAUUGGUCCAUAUGCUCGAGUAAUGAGAAAACAUCGCCCUGCUCAUGCGUCUCGUACAGAUUAACAGGUGGUAUCUAAGCACUCGUUAAUAUUCUGUACACAUGCUUUCUUUUAUGCUUUUCUUUUUGUAUUACUUCACUAUAGAAAUACUUUCUUCACAUAUUGUGUGAAGCCUAAGCAAUGUAUUCAGUACUAAAGCAGGUGUGUAGCUAUUCUUUCUCUAUUUAUAAUUUUUUGUUUUUAUUCUGGUUGAAAUAUUGUUAAAAAAAAUAUUGUUCUGAACAUGAACAUCACAGUAGCUAAGAGUCAUCUGCUUUGUGGAAAUGUAUGAUUGUAUAUCUAUUAAGACUGCUGCCAUAUAUACAUAUUCUAAGUUGAAACUUGCUGUUUACUUCAACAUAUUGAUAUACUACACUGUAAUAUGUCCUAAAAACAAUCUAAGUAUUACAUCCUGCAUGACUUGCUGCAUAAAACAUUUGAAGUGUUACAUGUUUUAAUCCAAAUUGUACUGUGUACCUUAUAUAGAUUUCUUUCAAAAAAAUAUAUUGCACAAUGUAUGUCUUGUAAAACAAACUGUUAUGCCUUUUCUCUUGUAUUGUAAGCUACCUGUUAAAUAUCACGCAAGUCAUGCAAUUUUUGUUCAUUCACAUUUCAAAAGACAAGAUUUCUAUGACUUUAUACUCACCAUGUGAAGUUAGCAUUUCAAUAAGGAAGAUUAGCUGCCUCAUUAUUUAAAUCUAUUUUGAUGCCAACAAAGAAGUUUUGAUGCAAGAUGUGUUUCUUAACAACUAAUCAGUAUUAUAAAUAAAAAACAAAAAAUGAAAUGUUUUAAGAAUGUUGUACAAAACAUUUGCAUGUUUUUUUUUUAAUAAAAAAUCUGUUUUUUUAUAUCUCAAAGUUUUCUAAAACUGCUCUAAUUGGAAUUAUAGAUUGCUGUAAAUUGGCAAACUUGUUUUUGGAUAUGGGUUAAGUGACAGAAAAAUCAUUAUUGUA